CAAGACCAACCCGCAGCUAGCUGCACGUCAGGCGAGGGCCCGAGGCUGCCGACCGGGCCUGUGUCGGCACCAUGCGCGGCCUCGUCGCUGUCCUGCCCGCUCUCUCGCUCCUGCUGUUGGAGCCGGCGGAGGCUUUCGUAGAUGGAGAUCUUUUGGAAAAGACUGUGAAUCUGCCUGGUGGAAGGUUUCUCAUGGGCACAAACGAGGCCGACGCUAGAGAUGGAGAAAACCCCAUCAGAGAAGUGACUGUGAAACCAUUUGCCAUAGAUCAGCAUCCAGUCACCAAUGCAGAAUUUAGAGCAUUUAUCAGAUCACAGAAGUACAAAACAGAAGCAGAAUCAUUUGGCUGGAGUUUUGUCUUUGAAGACUUUGUUUCAGAAGAACUGAAAAGCAAAGUGACACAAAAAAUCGAGUCUGCUCCUUGGUGGCUGCCUAUUGAAAGAGCUUUUUGGCGACAGCCAUCGGGCCCUGGCUCUGGAAUUAAAGAUAAAAUGGAUAAUCCAGUGGUGCAGGUGAGCUGGACUGAUGCCACAGUCUACUGCCAGUGGAAGGGUUUACGGUUACCCACUGAGGAAGAGUGGGAAUUUGCUGCUCGGGGAGGUCUGGAAGGUAGAGUGUAUCCAUGGGGAAAUAAGUUUCAGCCCAAUCGCACAAACCUUUGGCAGGGAAAAUUUCCAGAACAGGACACAGCAGAAGAUGGUUAUCAUGGUGUAUCCCCUGUGAAUGCAUUUCCACCACAGAAUCACUAUGGCAUCUAUGACAUGCUGGGAAAUACAUGGGAAUGGACUGAAUCGGAGUACGUUCCAGCAGGCCCACCGGUAAAGGUUGAAUCUCAGAAGAUUUACGUUCUGCGUGGAUCCUCAUGGAUUGACAGUGUGGAUGGACUUGUGAAUCAUAAAGCACGGGUCACAAGCAGAAUGGGAAACACCGCAGACUCAGCUUCCGAUAACCUGGGAUUCCGAUGCGCUAAAAGCCUGGCUCCAUCUAACCAUAAACAAAAAGGAAAGAAUAAAACUGAACUCUGAAAGGUGUAAUUUUAAAGCAAUUGGUGAAAUGUCAGCGGGCCAAUUUUGGGUGUCACACAGAUUGAAAUUGAACAUGUAUCUCAAGUAUCUCUUUCAACUAUCUCCUUCAAGUAUCCUUCAUAUUUAAUAAAUAAGUAUAUCUUUCUUUCAUAUUUGAUAAACAUUUUGACAUAUUAAAUAAAUUGAAUUUUGUUUGACUA